CCCCGCCCCUCCGGCGGCUGAGUGCGCGCCCCGCCUCUGUCCCGGAGCUCGGGUUGCUCGGGCUCCGAGUGCUGGUGUGCUCCGACGAACUGUCCCCGUUCUGAGUGCCUGGGUACCCGCCGCCAGCAUGGAGGCUCGCCGCGCGCGGCAAAAGGCUCUCAAAGUAAAGAACUUAAAGAAUGUCAGAUAUAUGAAGUUGAUGUCCAUGGAGACGUCGUCAUCCUCCGAUGACAGUUGUGACAGCUUUGCUUCUGAUAAUUUUGCAAACACAAAACCAAGGCCAGAGGCCACUAAGGAAUUGGCCAGCAUUUUCCAUGCCGACUCUGAUGAUGAAUCAUUUUGCGGUUUUUCAGAGAGUGAGAUACAAGAUGGAAUGAGACUGCAGUUCAACAGGGAAGGCUGCAGGACCAGAAGUCAGUGCCGGCACUCCGGGCCUCUCAGGGUAGCAAUGAAUUUCCCAGCACGAAAUACCCGGAGGGCAGCCAACAAAAAAGCAGCGCCCCCAAAGCCCUCUGAGAGCUCUGCAAAUGAUUCCUUAGGGGAAAUUGCAGGUUCCCCAGAGUGCUGGUUCUCUCUGUUAUGGAGAAAGUGGAUCUAUCUCGUGUGUUUCAUUUGCCAGUCAAAGUCACCUAGAAGACGCACAUUCCCAGGUGUGGCUUCCAGAAGGAACCCGGAACGGAGAACUCGACCUUUCUGUGGUCCCUGCCUUCGAAAUCGCUAUGGCGAGGAGGUCAAGGAUGCUCUGCUGGAUCCGAACUGGCACUGCCCACCUUGUCGAGGAAUUUGCAACUGCAGCUUCUGCCGCCAGCGUGAUGGACGGUGCGCCACCGGAGUCCUGGUGUAUUUAGCAAAGUACCACGGCUUUGGGAAUGUUCAUGCUUACUUGAAAAGUCUGAAGCAGGAAUUUGAAAUGCAAGGGUAGAGCCUGAAGAUUGUCUACCUGCCUUUGGCCUCUGAAGGCUCUCUUGUUCUUGACAAUUAUCAUCGAUGGAAACCUGAGUAGGAAUCUUGACCAUCAUCUGUCUUAGAACUCAAUCGGGUUGAUCUUGUAGCUCACACUUGUUUCUGAAGCAUCAUGAAAAGCACACUGCUCAUUACAUUUCAGCUAUAUGUAGUGUCUCAGAGCUUGCCCUGGCCCCACCUUAUAGCCUCCCUGGUCUUUUGCCACCGCUUAGAUUUUGAGCUCUCUCUUUUUUUUUUUUUUGAGACAGGGUUUCUCUGUGUAUCCCUGGCUGUCCUGGAACUCAUUCUGUAGACCAGGCUGGCCUCGAACUCAGAAAUCCACCUGCCUCUGCCUCCCAGCAGCUGGGAUUAAAGGCUUGAGCCACCACCACCUGGCUCAGAUUCUGAGCUAUCUUUACGCGGCAGUUUGAGAAUGUGUUUGAUCAGGACAUACCCAAGCACUUUGGGGUACAGUAGCAUUGUGAAGCAACGGUUAUGGUGAAUUGCAGGCAAGAGCCCUUUAAGUUGUUUACACAGAGUCAAGGCAUAUGGUUUAGUGUCUAGUGUCUACAUUGGCUGAUAUUUUAAAUGGAAAGGCCAAGGCACAGAGGUCUAGAAACCAAGUGGAAAAAUUAGUUGUUGUAAAAUGGAGUAUGGCCACAUUGAAUAGCUUUCUGGAGAAAUACAACUCUUGGAUGCCGUGCUCAGUGCACACCUUGUCACAGCUGACACAGUUGCUGCUGUCACCUGGCUUAUGUGGUCACCCAAAGGUUUGUGGUAAUGUGAUACUAUAAUUCCUUAAAUUGCUGUAGAAAAGACGUUCUGGGAAAUUAAGAUGAUAGCUCUGCAAUGGGCUGAUUUGAAACCUUGGUGACGUUUAAUAACGUCACUUUAGAUCCUGCCAGUUUCCUGAAGAGGUAACUCUGGGGGUUGUGUCCAGGGUUUCUGUUUAGGUUUUUAAACACUUUUGGAACAAUGAGAAGUGACCUGUCAGAGAUGGGUACUUUGAACUACUUGUUAAUGAGUUACCUCUGCCAGUCUAGUUUAUGGGCAGGUGCCUCAAGUCACGCUCCCUCCCCCUUCCCUGUAGGCUGGUCAUUCAGUACUGGUGACUAAGUGACUGAUCCCCUCACUGUGUAGCCUGUUGCUGUGCCCUCUGUACUCUGUCUGUGACGCUCAAUUGGAUCUUGAAUCCUUCAGUGUAAUGCUUUUUAUACAAAGGUUUUUAUUUUAAUAAUAAAACAUUUUGUUCUAA